UAUUUUUCUUUGAUUUAAAAAAUUAUUAGAAAUAAUAAAUACCUGAAUAAUCUUAUAAAACAUUUAUUCCCUUAUUUAGGUACCCUUGUUUUGUCAUGUUAUGGUUGACUGAACACAAACAUGGUUACACAUUAUUAUUGAUUAAACAUGAAAAACUAAAGGGUUGAUAAUAAAAAUAUAAUUGUUUUUAUUUUUAUAUUACUACACAGUAAACAAUAUUAAUGUUUGGUCAUGUCUUACAGAACAUAUAAUGAAUUGUGGGCACAAGCUCAAUUAACACUGGACGAGGCUACUAAAAAUGACUCGAACCUACUUACAUCUAAAACUAAUAAAGAUAAAGUAGUUGUGUUCAAAGAGUUGUCCACAGUCAUGGUUAGUUAUAUAUUAGCAAUUAAUAAACUGGAUGAGUGUUAUGACCAAGUUAUUCAGCCUCAAAAACGAAUACUUAUCAGGAACAUUCUGGAAUUAUCUUUAGGACGUUAUUUAGAAUUAAAAAACGAUAUGGUCAAUUUGAACUAUAAUGAAUUUACAUACUUGGACUCAGCAACUGCACAGUUGGGGUUAUUACCACAAGAUGUAGAGCUGACAAUACCGUCACAUUAUCGAAACGAGAGGCUUAAAACAAUUGAGUGGCAAAGUAAUUUUAUUGAUGAAGUAUUGAAGAAAACUGGUUUUUACGAAGAAGAGAAAAUUGAAGUUGAUAUGCCUAUUCGACAAGCGAUAUUAUUGAUACAAAAGCACGAGAGGGCGCGGCAGGGACGAAUGAGAGCUCAAUUCAUGAAGGAAGUUAGAGCAAUGAAUAAACCUGAUGCUGGAGACGUGGAACUUAGUGAUAAUGCAAAAAAAGCUGCAAUGAAAAUACAGAGAGUAUGGCGAGGUUUUAUAACGAGGAGAAAAAUAAGAAGUAGAGUUGUUGAAGAAAUGUUGCUGAUUGGCAUGUUACCCCCAAAUUCAAUUGAUACUGAGGAACAACAAAAAGCUGAAGAUGUUAAGUGUGCCAGAAGGAUUGUUCAAACAACACGACAAAAAGAAUAUGAACUAGCACUAAUACAGGAAAAAGAAAAAAUUAGUGACCAUGUAAAGGAAAAAAUGAAAGAAGACAUUAGAGACGAAGUACGAGCAUGGUACAUGGGAGUGAAAUCACAAACUGGUAAAUUUCCUGAUUUGCCAUCUGAAGAAAGUGGUGGAAGUGCUGUAAUUUAUACUAGAUACAAAACUGCCAGUUCUCAUAGUAAAUCAACUAGCCAGUCAUCGUCUAAAGGAACCAAGAGUCAUAAAAGCAAAUCGAUUGCGGGAAAAGAGUCAAAGGAAGAAGUUAAAAAAAAAGCUGACGAAGAAGAUACUGGUUUCAAAAUGGGACCUUCAAAUUUUCUCCAAGAACUGAUGUUGGCUAGCUCAGAAUAUGAAGAAGUAUGGAAAGGGAUGGACGAGUCAAAAAACUCAAGCCAAAUGCAUAUUAAAAGCAUUGUUAAGACUCAAAAAGCAGCUGAAGUAGAACAAGAACUGCGGAAGAUAGUUGAUGUAAGUUUGAGAGCUGAACUCGAGAUUUUACAAAAUGCACUUGAUAAAGAUAAUGCUAUUCGAAUCAAAAGGUCAAAGAAACAGAAAAAAGUAAAAAGAAGUAGCAAAAAAGCAAAGAAAAAACGUGACAAGGAUUUAACUCCUGAUAGAACCGUAAAUAUUAACAAUAAUUGCUUAUUAUUUUUUUUUAAUAUAAAAAAAAUACAAAACA